GUUUAUUCAGAGUCGAUACGUUUUCGCACCCGCUUUCGUAAUUUAAAAUUUCCUUUGCUGCAAUUAAUUAGUCUAUUUCAUGUCCAUUCGUCCAAAUAAUAUAAUAUUACAAGUUAGUACGAAGGAAUCCUAUCAUUAGAUAAAAAGAUAUUCAGGUAUGCUGUUAUUUAUAAAAGAAAUAUAAAAACAGAAAUGAUUUAAAUGAGCCUCUCCAGUCUAAAUAUUACGAAUAUUUCAGACGAGAAAACCAAACUCAAAGCUGUAAAAAUUUUGCUUUUGUGUUUCGCUUGCUAGUUGACGUCAUUAUCUACUGAAUCAGUUGAUUAAAGCUCAGUUUCUGAUUUCCAUUGUAAAGAUAAUACUCCCUCAUUGACCGGUAAUCUGACGCCAAAUUUUAUCAAUUCUUUGUGAAACUAAAGUACUUUCAGCUGUUGAUAUCGGGAGAGAAUGGUGCUUUUUUAGGAACUGGUUUGUGUUGAAAGUUCGCAGACAUGAGUGUCUACACGGGAAAAUAUAUUUUUUCCUGGAGCAUUGAAAACUUUUUUUCCUACUUUUUCGAAAGCGAAGAGCAGCUAAUAAGUCCUGAAUUCCAGAUCGAACCAUUUAAAGGCACGAAGUGGAUUGUAUUAUUUUCUAAAUCUAGAACUUCGUAUAAUAGAUACAUCUCCUGUGUUUUGAAAAGAAGCGAAUCUUGCGAUAGACGCGAGAAACUGGAAAUAGGUACCACUGUUGAGCUAAUUGGCUCAUCCCGAAAACUCUAUUCGUGCAACGUACCUAAGAUUUACAAAUUUGCAAAAGGAGAUCUAGCUACUUUAAUUCCUGAUACAUGCAUCAAUGGGCAAAUUGUGGCUGACGAAAAGUAUUCUGGUGAUGUUAUGACUAUCCGCUUGGUAAUGCUAAGCAAAGAGUUUAAUGGUACUCAAGAUAUUGAAUGCAUUGCUCGAACAAAAGUUGGUGGCGAUCAGUAUUCUUUUGAGUGGAAAUUCGCUGAGGAGAGCUUCCCUCAAUGUAAGACAUUCCCAUGUUUUCUAGGGAUGCAAGUUGCUUUAGAGGUUAAUUCUGUAUUAAAUGAUUCUGUCAGUGUUUUGAUUAAAAGAACCAAACAAAAUUCUGAUUCUCAAUUUUUGCAGUGUAAAAUCUCUUUCAUAGAUGUCGAUGGUACUAAAAUAGGCUCUAGAAGGUCUGCCGGAUGGUUUCCUUCAAGAGCAGAUGAAUGGAAAUUUGUUUCAACCAUUACAAAGAAUUUUUUAAAGGAACAAUAUGAAGCCAACAGCUUUGUUACUUUGCUGUGUGAAUGCCAUAUCUCAAAUGGAACUUUGCCCACAGAACUUAAAUACAUUCAGAGCGAUAUAAUUGCAGAAUCAUCCGUUCACACUUUGCAAGGGGAUUUUCAGCGGAUGUAUUUGGAAGAAAUUCUGAGUGAUGUUAAAUUGAGGGUUCUUGAUGAAACAUUCUUGGCACAUAAAUGUGUUCUGUGCGCUCGCUCUCCCGUUUUCUUAGCCAUGUUCAGUCAAAACAUGACCGAAAAGGAAACCAGUUUUGUUGACAUAUCAGACGUGGAUCCCAAAACAUUCGGGCUGUUCCUUAAAUUCUUAUACAUGGGAGAAACAGAGUUCAAGACUUAUGAAGACGCCUUGAAGUUAUUGUUGUGCGCUGAUAGGUACCAAGUUCUUUCGUUAAAAGAGUAUUGUUCUUCUUUCUUGAUUUCGGAUUUGUGUGAGAUAAACGCGUGCCAAAUACUCGUUGUUGCCGAUAUGGUGGCGAUGAAUCUAUUGAAAGCAUCCGCUAUACGGCGUAUCGAAGCUCAUGUUGCGAGAAUAUUUAAAUCGGCAAAUUGGAUUAACGUUUUAGAACAUCAUCCUAGACUAGCAACUGAGGUAUUGUCGAUUUUGUCUUCUGAAUUAGUCAAAUAAGUAAUUAAAGAGCUUAAAGAAUAACUUUUAAAUGACAUUUUAGGGAAUUUGUGAAACUCAACUAGUUUCGUGUGGAUUAAUACAUAUAUUGGUGUUUUACGAUUGUGAUAUUAACAAAUAAAACUUUACUUUGAAUCUUU